AUGAUAGACCUACCACCAGUCACCCUAGACACAACCCUCACAGACCUUUACCGCCGCGCAAGCCCCAGAAACGCAGACAAGCGCAUCGCCCAAGUCCUCUGUCUCAUCAACUCCGGCUCAGAACUCAACCGCAACGUCCCACGCAACGCAAAAUACCUCUACCAAGAUAGCCCCUUCAACGCCGUUCCACAAGAUCCAUCCUGCAGCAGACUGUCAGGUGAUGAUGGCGGAAGACAGCAGCAGCGCGGACUGGCCCGUCCAAAUCUCAUCUUCUGCCCCGGGCCCUCCGAAAUCCCCAUCAAAGAAGCCGGCACCGAUUUGAUCGCCUAUAAAUUUGUUCUCGACGGUCUGGAAUCAUACAGUAACCUCAUCUUCCCACUUGAGACACACAGGUUUCUCAAUUCCAAAGCUGCGCUCGCACGAUCAGGCCUUCCCACCCCGAAAGCAACUAUUCUCGAGGUCGAUGGUUUGGCUGGUGAUGCGUGGGCAUGCUGUGCUUCGUGCACCAGCGGUGAUGCAGCAGAGUUUAUCGUCCCGGAAUCCUGUGCAGGAAGCCGGGGCAGAUGGUUAAAGGAGAAAAGCGAGGAGAUCUACGCGGAUCUCGAAUCUCACACCCUGCCGUUUGUUCUCAAGAACCAGCAGACCUUGGGCUGUGCGGGGAUGUACAUCAUCAACACCGAGGAUAAGCGUCAAAAGCUGGUGCAGUACUUUAGGAACGGCGUCCUUCGCAAGCUGCUUUCUUCAGUGACGGAGUCAAACGCUCAUCUCCAGCCCGCAGCCCUGAUUAUGUCUGAUAUGGUCGAGGAUCCCUUGGAAAACUAUGGCUUGACGUUCUUUGUCACAGACGAUGGCAAUGAGCCGAUUCUCCUGGCUGCAUCGGAGCAGAUGACGGAUGGCGAUAACGCAUGGAUCGGGAGUACCAUCAACUACCGCCGUCAAGAGCAGCUGGAGAAGAAGUUUGGGCUGUUGGUCAAAAGGGUUGCGACCUGGCUGAGAGAAUAUGGGUACGUUGGACCAGCUGGAAUUGAUGUCCUGGAAACAACAUCGUCGACGGCAGCGUGCUCUAAGACGAACGGUGCCUCCGACUUCUCCAACUUCCACAUCGUCGACCUCAAUGUCAGAACAUCAGGCUCAAUGUGCCUCCCCCUCCUACGAACCCACUUCACUUCUCGCGGCCAUUGGAGCGCAUCUUCCUUCUCCGUUAGCUAUAAAAAGUCCCGCGACGCUUUCAUCAAGUCCUUCCAGAAGGAAUUUGAGACAGGGAGGAUGUGCGUGAUCAGCUGGUACGAUGAUCCGGACACGGGCUGUAGUCUGGCUGACGUGGCUGUCGGUGCCGUGGAUGUGGAUGGUUUGCGGACGGCGAUGGAGAGAGUUCGAGAUUUGACGGAGCAGGUGACCUUCUAG